AUGUUUUACGAGGAGUUCUAUGAAAAGUUUGUAUCCGGAUGGAAUUGUACAGAGUGCUACAGAAGAUAUAAAGAAUUUGCGAAGGAGAAUGAAUUCUUUGCAUGUAGUUCAAAUGUAUUUGGUGGCAAGAUGAGAGAAUUUGUGAAGAGAAGUAGAAAGCGAGACGGUUCUGCAAGAAGUUAUAUUUACGAAGCAAGUAUGAUAUUAGAAGGUCGUGGAAAGAAAGAAACAGUGAAUUAUGAGGAAGUGCUUGAAAAAUUCAUGGAGUACAUGGGAAGCAAUAUAACAUACAACAAAGACAUAUACAGUGAGUUUAAGUACUACUGUGAACAGCAUGAGAUUGAAGUAAUGAGUAAAGGAGACUUUGAAACGCUUAUGAAAGACAGUAAGGAGGUCGUUCAUGAGAACAGUGUUGAAAUAGUUCAUGAGAACAGUGAGGAGGUCAUACAUGAAUGCAAUGAUGAAAUAGUUCAUGAGAACAGUGAGGAGGUCAUACAUGAAUGCAAUGAUGAAAUAGUUCAUGAGAACAGUGAGGAGGUCAUACAUGCAAUAAUGAAAUAG